AUGGCAGGUCGCGCCCGGGCCCCGCGGCGCGCGUCGCGGCCCGCUCCCUGCCGUGCGGUCGACCCCGACGCCGUCGCUGCCGCCGCGGCGGCCGUGUCGGACCCCGAGACGUCCUCGGAGUUGAUUUCCGCACUCUCCCAGUACGCGUCACAGGUCCCGGAGGCGCUGCGCCCGCUGGCGAACAUCGCGAUCCAGGACCUCGCCAACGCGCUCGCGCUGACGCCCACGCCCGACAUGGGGCUGCACGCGGCCGCGCUGUGGUACCUCGUGCUGUCGCGCCCCGCGCCGCUGUGGAACAUCGGCGACCUCACGAUCGGCUCCUUCCUCGAGAAAAUCUCCGAGCCGAAGUUCGCCGUCGACCAGUUCACGCUGCGCGACCGCCUCGGCGGCGGCAACUACGGCGUCACCUACGAGGCCAUUCGCAUGAAGAACGGCAAGCGCGUCACCAAGGCGCAGCUGACGGACGAGGAGAAGAAGAACCGCGUCGUGAUCAAGCGGAUCAACUCGGACUCGACCGGCUCGGCCCGGAAGGACUUUUUGUCCAAGGGCACGAUUGCGCGCGGCGCUGCCGAGGCGGGCAUCGUCGAGGUGUACAUGAACUCGAAGAUCCGCCGCUCGCUCGCCCUGCGCGGGUACUGCGCGGAGUACCAGGGCACGUUCCGCGCGGAGAAGACCGACGCCGGGUUCACCAAGGGCACGGAGUGGCUGGUGUGGUCGUUUGAGUCGGACUCCACGCUGCAGGACGCGAUCGCGGGGGGGCUCGGGCCGUGGCCGAGCGCGCUCGAGGAGAUCAUGCUCCGGCGGCCGGUGCCCGAGGAGAAGCGCGCGCCGGACGCGCAAGAGGCGGUGGACGCGGCGAUCGUGCGCAAAAUCAUGCAGCAGAUCCUAAAGGCGCUGGCGGCGCUGCACUCGAUCGGGAUCGUGCACCGCGACGUCAAGCCGGACAACCUGCUCGUCACCGUCGAGGGCAAGGUCAAGGUCAUCGACUUCGGCGCGGCCACCGACCUCUCGACCGGGAUCAACUACAACCCGGAGUACGGCAUGCUGGACCCGCGUUACUGCGCGCCCGAGCAGCUCGUGCUGCCGAGCAAGACGCCCGCGCCGCCGAACCCGGUCCUCGCGGCCGCCGUCGCGCCGUUCCUGUGGAUCUACGGCCGCCCGGAGCUGUUUGACUCGUACAGCGCAGGGCUGCUCUUCUGCCAAAUGGCCAUCCCGGAGAUCCGCGGGAAGAGCCAGUACGGGAUGUUCCUGCAGGAGCUGGAGAAGGCGGACUGGGACCUCGCGCAGUGGCGCGCGAGCGGGCAGCCCCGGGCGCGCAACGCGAACUUCACCAUGCUGGACCGCAAGGGCGGGGCCGGGUGGGACCUCGCGAAGCGGCUGGUGUGCAAGCGCAACGAGACGACGCAGCGGGGCCGGCUGAGCGCGAAGGACGCGCUCGGCCACCGCUACUUCCUCGGGUUUGCGUGA